UUUGUCUUUACAGACUAACUUGAAUAUUAACAAAAAAUUUUUUUUAGAAUUUUUUAAGAAUUUAUUUUUUUUUUCAGAAAAUGUCUACAACAACUUCCUCUUCAUUUUCUGCUUCUUCCAACAAAGGUUUCGGUAUUCUUGAUUUACUUAGUCAAUCUCCAACUGCCGUCGCUUUUGCUGCUGCAGUUGUGGCUAAGGGGGAAGUUGGAGAAGCUAACGUUAAAAUUGGUGGAGAUGAUGGUCUUGCUUUGAGGGAAGAAGAAGUUUCCUCACCAAUUUGUGACCAAAAACAUCCUUUGCUACCAUUCCUCGAAGACACAGCAUUAUCAACGUCUACAACAACCAAUUUAAUAAUCCCAACAUCCCCUCCCCCUCCCCCAUGUUCUUCUUCUGCCUCUGCCUUUUCCCCUCCUCCAACCUCCCCAAUAAAUCGAAAACGUUCAACAACAAAAAUUACAAAAAUAUCCAGCGCUACAGAAAAAGAAUUAAAUUUAGACGAAGAAUUUGGUAGUGGGGAGGAAGAUGAAGAAGAAGAAAAUAAUGAAGAGGAAGGGGAAAAUAAAUUGAAGGGGGGAGAGGGGAAAAGAUUUGCAAAACCACGUUAUUCCUAUAAUGCACUUAUAACAAUGGCACUUCGUCAAAGUCAAACAGGUCGUUUAACUCUCAAUGGCAUUUAUGAAUUUAUUAUGAGACGCUUCCCGUUCUACAAGACAAAUCGCCGCGGUUGGCAAAACAGCAUUCGCCACAAUCUCUCAUUAAACAAAUUCUUCGUUAAAGUUGCUAGAUCCUAUGAUGAUCCAGGGAAAGGAAAUUACUGGAUGUUAGACACCUCAUCAGAAAACGAAAUCUAUAUAGGCGCCACAACAGGCAAAUUGCGCAGACGACGACCUCCCCUCUGUUCCACAUCAAAGGCAACAAUUCAAAGACACCAUCAAAACCCCCAACCAUUUUUAUCAACAAAUUUAUCAUUUAAUCAACAACAACUCCCCCAUAUAAUGCUCCCACAGCACCCCUCAACUUCCCCUUCUUUUGGCGUUUGUUUGCCGUUACAAACAUCACAACAACAAUUUCCUUCGAUUUUUUCCUUGCCUAAUUAUUCUAAUAAUUUUACUAGUAGAUUUCCGUUUGAAAUGAAUUUUUUGGGGCUAAAUAAUCAACAAAAACAAUUUAUGGCCUGUUUGUUUCAACAGACACAAUUAGAACUGAUACAGAAUGAGAAUGGGGCGAAGGUGCAAUAAUGAGAAUUUAAUUUUGAUUUUGUUCCCAUCUAUUCAUUUUUGUGGACUAUCAACUUUCAUUAGUAGAGCCAACUCAAUAAAAACAAUUUAUGGCUAUCCAAGGGAGGAAAAGUCCAAAAGGAUAUUAGAGGUAGUCCGAAGGGAACAAUAGUGGUAGGGUGAAGGAAACAGGGGUUAGUAAUAGUAUUAUGGGUAGAGUGUAGUGAUGUUCGAGACUCUCGGUCUCGGUUCCCGAGUCGGGAAAUUUCCCGGGUUUUUUGAGCUCUCGGUCUCGGCUCUCGACUCUCGGCUUUUUUUCACUCUCGAACAUCACUAGUAGAGUGAAGGGGGAGGACUCAGAAGGGAGACGUUCCUUUCGGACUACCUCUAAUUAGGGGUAUUCCGAAGGGAACGUCAGGGUUGUAGAGAAUAAAUUUCAUUAUUAGCGACCUCAACACUUAAGAAUUACAUUUCAUCCCUUAGAUUCUAAUGUCUCAACUAACGAGAGUUGAUUACAUAAAUAUUAGACUCUAAACCAGCCAAUUGUGUUCCUCUAAAAAUUUUUUGUUUAAAUUUUGGCGUUUUAUAAAAUCAAAUUUUUGGCGCACGCCCUUAGAAAAUAAGCAAUUUCUUCGAAUAAUAUUUUUAAAUAUUUUUUUUCAUCAUUAUUUUGUAUAAAUAAAAAUAGUUAUUGUAUAAAAAAUUAAUUAAUGACUAAACUAACUAAAAAUAUUUUUCUGGAAACAAAAAAAAAUAAAUUGUCACUUUUGGGGACAAAAAAAAUUUUUCUUAAAAAUACCGACAAGAAACCCCUAAAAAAAUAACCAUGGAAAAAUAAAGAAAAUAUAAAAACAAUUAGGACACCUCAUUUACACACAUAUGCAACAAAAAAUAAAUAAAACAAUGUGUUGUUGCUUCUUUUAAUUUUUCUUUUGUCGUAUUCCGCGCUAGAAACAACCCUCAAGUAUUUUUGUUUCUAAUUACUAUAUUUUCAUGUUAUUUAAAUUUUCCCAAAAUGUUGACGUCCAAAAAGCAUUAAAAUCUUUUUAAUUUUUGAAACUUUUAAUUUUGCCAAUUUUUGAGACUCAAAAUUUUUUGGCGUUUUAAAUAAAAAUUGGCGCACAGGUAGCCGUUGAUUUUUAUUAGUUCUGUUUUCUGAUUUUUCUUUUUUAUUGGAUUCUGAUUUUCUGAUUCUGAUUUUCUAAUAGUGUACUGGAUUUUGGGUUUCUGAUUUCACUCGGUGUUCUGAUUUUUCUGAUUUUUUUGAUCAUGUUCUGAUUUCUUCUGAUUUUUAUUUCUGAUUCUGAUUUCUCGGAUUCUGAUUUUUCAUAUUCUGAUUUCUUCUGAUUUUUAUUUCUGAUUCUGAUUUCUCGGAUUCUGAUUUUUCAUAUUCUGAUUUCUUCUGAUUUUUAUUGAUUCUGGUUCUGAUUUUUCCCUUAAUUUCUUCUGAUUCCUUUCCAUGUCGAUCUUCUGUCUCCAUCACUUAUUAACUCUCUAAUUCCCCCAUGUUGCUCCUUUUACAAAUAAUAUACUUAAAUAACAAUUAGAAGGAAAUCUUAGGGGAAGGGAAAUGGAUGAGGACACAAAAGCGGGAAGAAAGAAGAAAAAAAAGCGAUUAGCGGCUCUCAUUAAAAAAAAAGGAAAAAAAGUGUGGAGAAAAAAAUUUGGUUAAAAAUAGGGGAACAAUAGGGGGAUGAAAAGGGUGUUUUAUAAGAGAAAGGAAGAGGAGUUAAGUUGAAAAUAAAAAAUAAUAAGAAUAUAAAAACGUUUGUUUAACACCGACCACUUGUAAAUAUUUAAAUAUAAAUGCUGUGGAUUUGAGUAGAUUUUUUGAAUUUUUUGGUUAAUUAAAAGAAAGGGAAGAAAAAAUUUCUGGUAGGAUUUUAAAUUUAAUUU